AUGGAGCGUCAUUCAAGGAGAUUCAAUCGCAUAUUAGUGAAAUCUGUGGAAGCAUUACCAGUCCUAAGAGCAAGAAUCAAUGAUAGCAGCAGAGAUGAAGGCGCUCCCUUGCCUGGCGCUGUAUCAAGGCUGAAGAGCAACAUCCACCAUUGGCAGUUCAAAUGCAAAGUCCUUCAUCCAAAUCUCCAUAUCAUCCCCGCGUGGGCAAAAGCGAGUCUUGUCCUCUUUAACCCAACCCGCGUUCUGCAAGACCUCCAGCGACCCGAAAACAAUCAUGUAUCCAACCAGGUUGAACUGAUCCAGACUAAUGUUCCUGCCACUGAAGUUCCCUUAGCCACGCCCGUGACUGCUGAAAAAAUGGCCUUCUUGCGAGAAAAGCUGGAGGAAGAAACACAGUCUCUUGGGCAAGACUGCAAAUUUCGUCUCCAAAAAGCAUUCAACGCCGCAGAAAGACUAUUUGCAAUAUUGGGCGAAGAGAACCGAUUGCUGUUUGAGCAGAAUAAUGAGAAAGUCUCUCGAACGUCCAUCAAAUGCACGGUGGUCGGCAAUGCCAAGAUCAUGAGUUACGACGACAUAAGUUGA